AUGGUUGCUGGAACAUCCACCUUGCUUAGCCAGUCAGGCCCCUCUGAUCACAUGGCUGAAGAAAAAGCAGCUUCUUUGAGUCCUUCAGUUGACAAAAGAUGGAGACUCAUGGGACCUAAGCAGAUUCAGGAAGAACUGCUCAAGAAAGCAAGCCUCCUGGACUCUGGAGCUGCUGCAGGGAAGGGUGGCCAAGAUCUGGCCCAUUCUGAACGGAGCCUAUCAACAGCACUGGACAAGGCUGGACUGGACAGGCCUCUGGGCUACAAGGCCUGCACAGAGCAGAGGCAGGGUUCCUUCACAGAGCUGUCCUGUCUCCAGGAGAGCUCAGGCGACAUGAAAGCCCUGAAGAGGAAGCCAGAGGACCCAGAAGGCCAGCUUGGCAUUCCGCAGCUGCCCCAGGAUCUCCCCGGAGCCUCGGCUGACUGCACAGAAUGCUCAGUAUGGCCGGGUGCAGCCCGGAAUGGGAAAAGAAGCGCUUUCAGGAGGCCAGCCUCGCGACGCGUGAAGCCCACAUGCUCCCCUGCGUUUCCAGACAGUGGAAACGCAGAGGGCCCAUGGGAGCUCUCGGGACUCAUCACCACGGUGGAUAUCCCAUGUUGGGCUCAGCUGUCAGCUUUCAAGCUCACGGGAGAUUUCUGGAGACUGCACAUGCUGUCCCAGAACAUUCUAUUCUGCAAUGCUUUCCACGGGGCUCCCACACCGUGGCUGGAUCACACCCAGGUGCAGGCUUCCACCUCCUCGACACCUUCCGCCACAGCCUGCCGGGUUCUCUUGCCACCCACACUCUCAUCCCCAGGCUUGCCCACUCAGAACUGGUGUGCAAAGUGUAACCUCGCCUUCCGUCUGACGGCUGACCUGGUCCUCCACAUGCGGUCCCACCACAAAAGGGAGCAUGGAGGCCCUGACCCACAUUCUAAGAAACGCAGAGAGGAAGUUCUCACUUGCCCCAUUUGCCAUGAGUACUUCCGAGAGCGCCACCAUCUUUCCAGACAUAUGACAUCACACAGUUAG